AUGGCAAAGGCCCCUCUCUCGCCCCAAGCUCAACGCUUGAAGACUAUCAUUGUCGCAUUGCCCAUCCUCGUUGCCAGCUCAGUGGUCUUCUACAAACGCGAAUUCCAGGGAGAACCACGACGAACUUUGCCAAACCUUUCUGAAGACGGAGCAGAAAAGGCGCAUGCGUCCAUAAUCCCAACACCCUCAGAGCGCAAGAGUUCCUGA